CUUAUAUCAAACGUAAAAUAUUACCAUCAGAUUCAUAAGUUUUGGUGUAAAUGAAAUGAAAAAAAUAUACUAAGUAUGGCUGAAAUAUUGAAAGAGUGGUUAACUGAGAGGCUGAACCGUCCUAUAUCAUGGGAAGCGGAAGAAUUUGGAGAUAUGAUGAAAAAUGGUUAUGUAAUUGCUGGUGUACUGAACAGUUACAAUGUUAUUAACGACGAGAAACAUUUUUUAAUAAGAGCUAGCUUAGCACAAGAAGAUAUUAAAAGCAACUGGAAAUAUUUAUCAGAAUGGUUAGCUGAUAUUAAUGUUUACGUAAGUGCCAGUGAUCUAGAAAACAUAAUGGAUGGCAAGGGUUCUUCAAUAAUUCGAUUAUUUUAUAAAAUGUUUCUACAUUUGGACAAAAGGGACAGAACAAACUUUAUCAAACGUGAAAGGAAAAUGGUGUCCAGUUUAAUAGAGAAAAUUGGUCACAGAUUUAAAGUAGACAACAUACCAGAAGGAGAAGAAUCCAUAGUCGAUGAUCUUGCGAAGCCAUUAUUGAACGAACAACAUUUUAUUGAAUGGCAAAGAAAGAAAACGGAGCAAGUAAAAGAUACGUAUGAAUAUAUUCGGCAUAAAUAUUCGAAAAUGUUAACAAAUAUAACUGAAGCACACACUCCAAUGCGCUAUCAAAAACCUACAAUGCCUCCAAAAUUAUCGAGCAAAGAGCGCCAGGAAAUGGAACGAUUCGCUUUAAAGUACCCUUGUAAAUUCGAAAAUUAUACGUAUGAUCAGUUAGUUUCAAUGGAAUUGCAAGCUAAAGAUCAAAGAACCUCUUUUUCUGAUUCUGAAUGGACUAAAGCUUAUAUGAAUAAUCUUUACAGUAGAUUACAUAAGAAAUCGGAUUCUGAGGAAUUUCAGAAACAAAUUCGAAACGUUCUAAGUGGAACAAUGUGGGAUCUAUCUAUUGCUGAAGAAGAAAAUAAGUUGGAUACUCAACUGGCAAAGAAAGUCAUGAAAUUGUCACAAUUUGAGAAACAAAUGUGUACGCAGAUUAUGGAGACAAAACAGCAAGCGCGAAAUUUAGUAAAGAAUAGAAUUCAAGCUGAAAAAGAAUUUGCAGAACAAAGAGAACUCCAAUUUAAUCAGUAUCUAGAUAACGUGAAAGAACAAAUUCAAUUAGAAAUGACAGAAAUUGACUUCGAAAAAGAGAGACAAAAUGUACUCCAUAAAAGGUUGUAUGCGGAAAAAAUGAGACGAAAACGAUUACACUAUUAUGAUAUUUGCUACAAUACGAUAUUAUCGAUUGUGGACUAUGCAACGAAAUACGCGUACUUUAAAAGACUUAUAGGAGACGAUAUUCCAGAACAUUACUUACACGAAUGGAAGGUUUUAUAUUACAAACAACAGCCAAUAUUCGACAUUUUAGAACCUCCAGAAGAUAUUUUGAAAGAAAAAGUUGAAGAAGAAACGACUCCGGUAGAAGAGGAAAUAGUUAGACUCGAACUAGAAAGACAAGACGCACUUAAUGAUAAUGAAUUCAAAGUUUACCAUGAUUACUCAUAUCCUUGGACUUUAGACUUAUUGAUUCCUAAUUAUGAUCCAGAGUCUGAAGAAAGGAAAUAUGAAUAUUUAGGAACUCGCGUAUUGGGUCAUAUGGUUUACACUUUGCUUGGAAUAAAAUAUCCGCACCCACCACCGUUACCACCAGCUGACUUACCAUCGUAUACAGCUAAAGCGGUAAUCCGGGGCCUGCCGGAAAGAUCGUUAACUGUGCCAAUGCAAAUUCUGCUUAAUAUAAGAAAAAUACACGUAGUUCGACUUGAAAAUGCAAUAAAUUUUUGCCUUAGAAAAUUUAAAACUGAAAUGAUAGGCUGUACCGACAUUGAUUUGUCAUUCGAUAAGUUUAUAGCGGCUGCUCCAGAGGAAGAGGAUAAAGAACUUAUAAAGUUAAUGAAGUUGGAAGAUGAUACAUUCAAUAAAAGUAACGAGUCGGCGCUUGCUGCUAUAUUAAGUGUUGUUACCGCUAAUUCUAAACAAACACAAACUCCAAAAACAAUCCCAGAAGAAGACAUUAAAUUGUCUGAUGCUGCAGAAUUGGGUAGAUAUGCUUAUGAAUCUUUGGGUAUUGGUGAUACUCUGACAGAUCAUCUAAUAGCAGCAACAAUUGUUGAAUACCUUAAAGAUCAAGAUGACAUUUCAGGUUUUGUAAUAAUAAACUACCCUAACUCCUAUAGGGAAGCACAAAUUCUCGAAGAAACAUUUUCUGGGCGUACACCACCAAACGAGAGCGAACUAGAGGAUAGAGAUGAUAUUUAUCUGGAAGAGUGCAUUGCGAAGCAUCGCAAAAAAGAGAAAGAUUCCCAUAAGGACGUAAGGAUCUCUAGACUUGUAAGCGAUCCUCAUAAAAAAAUCUGUGAUAAACCGUUUGAAAGCUAUUUCACAUGUUAUAUCCAUCUAAAAGAAAGUGCAGAUAUUCUUCAAGAACUUGUAAUUUGGGAUUUAACGGAAACUAACUCUGAGUUAAUCGAUCGGUUUUACGCAAUACUAGGUCUUAAUUAUAGUAUGUACUACGAGGGAAUAGAUAGAGAAAUAUUGGCUCAAAUUUGUAAAUACAUUAUUGGUGACUUGGCAAUGCCUUUAAAAUCUGCUGAUACUCUAUUCGGAGAACAUGUUUUAAGUUGUCUUGAGUUUCCAUUAAAUGAUGAUAGAAAACAAAGAUCUAGAAUUAUCAAACCCGAAGCUAUGAAUGGGAAAUCUAAAGAAAAAAUGCAUAGUACAAAACCAAGUAAAAGUUCUAUGAUGCCACUUGAAGUAGUAAAGGAACCCUCGACAGAAGAAGUUGUGGAUGAACUGAUACACGAAGAAACGGACGGAGAAGAAAGUUAUAGGACUUUGAGUAUUGAUGAAAUAAAGUUAUUAGCUGGAGAGGAAGAUUGGGAUUAUGGAGACCUACCCAUUCCUCCAUUAAUAGGUGUUGCAUUGGCGACUUGUUGGCAAGAAAUUGAAAAAGUUUACAUUAAUGAUAUGCAGCAAUUGUUCUUCGCAAAACGACUGCAAAUGAACUGUUUGAUUCCUUACGCAAGAUUCAUUAAGGAUAAAAUGGAACAAAUCAUCACUUUACCUUCGAAUAAACAAGAUCUUGUAUGUAAUUUUCAAAGGGAAUACAAUGAUUUUGAAAGUGACUGGCGUGAUAUAAAUGUGACUAAAAACGAAUGGCACUGCAGAGUUAAAGAGUUACAAAAUAAAUUGUAUAAAAUUUGUGAUGCGCGAAAAUUGCGAGCUGAACAACAAAGGAACGCUUUAAUAAGCGACAACUGGACUAUGGAAGAACUGACUACCUUGGUGAAUACCUAUAUUUCUUGUAUGCAAGCAGAAUUAAACAGAUCUUUUUUGACGUUUCAAUCGCUCCAUGACUUUUAUUUUUCCAUGAUCAAGCAUAUGCCGUCAAAUGACAAAAUAUUAUUUAAAGAAUUGAUCAAAGUUUAUAGAGAUUCGGAUGACGUAUCUGGUAGUAGGAGAGGAGCAGAAGACAAAGUUUUUAGACAAUUGAAAUUGGGAUUCCAAGAACUGCAACAUAAAAAUAUGGAAAUCGAUUUUAAUAAUAACCCUUUUAAUUUAAUUGUAGAAAAUAAUGUGAAAUUCGCUUUAAAAGUUAUAAAAGAAACUAAUGAUUCUUAUCGGUCUGUGAUUGCCAAAGAAUAUAGCGAAGUAGCAAAAGUGCAGCCCCCUACAAAGAAGAAGGAAGAAAAUACGUCUGAAGAAUCAAUAAAUGCUGAGGAAAUCUUCAAAGAGCAAGCGCUGAAGUGUAUAGAAGAAUGGACAAUGGGCAUCAAUGGAGAAAUGUAUAGAGCCAGUCUUCGUAUGCAAGCUCUUCAAUACAAAUGUUAUCGCGAUAUGAAAUUAUUUAACGACCACAUUUAUAAAACCUUUACUGAUGUUCAAAAUGAUAUUAAUGAUUACUAUAUAAAUGAGAUUAAAUCUGUUGAUAGACUUUGUAAAUAUUUGCAAAUGGCUGUUGAAAAUGGUAGACCGAUACAAGAGACGCUGGUCCUCGAAAAUGAUACGUUCAUGAUCGAUCCAAAUCUUUUGCAGUUUGCUCCCCCAGAGCCGCCAGCUGAUACGUCAAUAGAUCGAGAGAUAGUCGGGAGUAUGGAUUUCAAAAUCAGUCAGCUUGCUGUUCUCCGGACACAGUUUAAAAUAAUCGCGCCGACUGGAAUUAUAAUGCAGCAAGCUUUCAUUUACCUUCUUCAAGAUUUCAUUUUUUUUGGCAAAGAAACUUGCGAUGGUCCUCUAUUCCCAGAAGCUUGGCUGCGUGUCGAUCCCGAGCAAGUACCUAAAUUUGUCUUUUUGUUGUUCGGGGACACGGUAUACGUUGAUUGGCGCGACUUCCUCAUUUACUCUUUGAAUAUAAGAUUUCCAAAUGUAGAUGAAUUAUUAGAGAUUCGUACAAGAUUUCGAUGUUAUGAUCUAUCGUGUACGGAACUGAUAGAUCGAGAUGAUUUCAUUUCGGAGGAGCUUUGGUUUGAAAAGGAUUUUGAUCCCGACGACAAGCACGCACAGCUGAGAUUGAAUUUAAUAAAACAUUUUUUGUUUGAAUUAUUUGAAACAAUGGAAAAUAAAAUGAAUUAUUCUGCGUUUCUGCUAGCUUUUAGCAAAGAUAGUAAUCCUAUAGUAGGCUUCGCGACAGCGUUGUCUAUGGCCGUUGGCAAGAAGACUUGUUAUGAUCUAGAACAGUGUGGCGAAGUGGUGUGCAAAUUGAUUAAACAGAAGAAGUACAGAGAUGAAUGCUUGGCUUGUGCAAACAAAUGUACGCAGGAGUUUAUAGAUAAACUUUUAGAUAAUGUUAUAAUAUAUUGUGAAGGAACUAGUAUUAUUGAAAUGGAAUAUGUUGCCCCAGUCGAGGAAAAGAAGGGUAAGAAAGGGAAAGUUGGUAAGGCACAAGCCGGGAAAAAAGUACCUGAGCCUGCGGUUAAUGCUCGUGUGAGAUCUCAGAAGAGCUUGUUGUCGAAGACUAAAAUAACGGGAUCUGCGGGUGCUGUCAAGCAAACGUUUGUAUGUCGGCCUUGUGAAGAUGAGGCCGAGGCUGAGGAAAAAGCAUCAAUUAAGCCUGAAAGCAUAGUAGAAGUGAAACUGGAGCCAGAGGAGGAUCCUAACGUAAUGUACGCUGUUAGUCAAACCGUCAUUUGGAACGUUCUACGACUAUGUUUGCCAUGGCAUUUUGUGUUGGUGCCAGAAGCGCAUAAGACGCCUUACGUCGAUCAAAUCACAGACGCGUUGAAGCGUUUGGAGGAGGACACGGAUAAUGGCGACAUAUACGUGUGCAGACUAGUAACAGAUCCCGAUAUAUGCACGUUGAUACACAAGGUAAAAAAGUUCACAACUCUGAGUCUAGCCGAUGAAGUUGUUAAAGUUUUUGCGUCACGGUGCUCGUAA